AUGACAAGCAAUACUGAAACUGCGGUAAACCCAGUGGAUACUCCAGUUGAUUCAACGACAAGAGAGUCAGCCACGGUAGAAGAAAAUCGGACAUUGAGGAAUGUUAUGGUACAGUUGUGGCAAGCCUGGGCCAAUGGCCAAGAACCACCCACGUCUAUUCCCGGUUUUCCUGAGAUCACUAGUAUCCGGUCUUCAUCUUCUCAGGUCCCAAUUUCAGAUCCUUUCUUUCCUCCGGGGUAUGGUCCAUUUGAUAAUUGUGGGGCUGGACCAUCAACAACACGCCCUCAAGGCAUGCCAUUCAGGAAUAAUCCCACUGUCGCGACAGCUGCACCGGUCUAUACUCUCCCACAACCAACUGUGACGCAAAGAGCAACUCAAGAGGGACAGUUCACCGUCCAUCCAGAGCAAUAUUAUACUCCUGGGAUAGCAUUCGGGGGCCCUAACUCUGUACAAUUUGGCUCUCUUAUUGAUGUUGAGAGGCCUCCUCAAGUCUCAGAGCAAGAGGAAAUGUUGAAGAAAAUGAAAAGAAGGAUUGUGAGCCAGGCAGCAAUCAAAGCUACCACACAGGCCAUUCAAGGUGGUUCAGGCAGUUUUGGAAGUCGUAAAAGAAAAGAGGAAGUUUCUUCGCUAGCAUCAGGGUCAAGGGGUGCUCAAAGGAACUCUAAUUGUCCUUACCCACCACUUCAGAGACAAUCCAUCUAUCCUCAACAUUACUACCCUUAUGCCCCUCAAUAUCCAGUAUCUCCAUCUCCAUACACGGUCUUCAAUGCUCAGUCAUAUGUGCAUUCUCCCAAUCGCCCACAUUUUCGGGCCCCAACUCAAGGAAACCUUCGCCCACAACGACCACCCUAUCAGGUCCCUUACAACCCUUCUUCUAUGCAAAAUUAUGCUCAAGAGCAAGGACAGAAAAGGAAAUUCACUCCAAUGGGAGAGUCAUACUCCAGCUUGUUUCAAAAGUUAAGAAAGAUAGGAGUGAUUGGGUCUAUCCCACCACAUCGUCUGAAUCCAACUGCUCCAGGUUUCCAAGCCAAUGAAAGAUGUGAGUAUCAUUCAGGGGCCCCAGGGCACAGUACUGAUAAUUGCUGGACCUUGAAGGGGGCGAUAGAGAAGCUAAUUGAUCAUGGAGUAGUCGUUGUGACAGAUGAUCAAAACACUCCCAAUGUGACUAAUAACCCACUUCCAGCUCAAAACAAUUUAGUAGGUAUGAUCUGCGAUGAUCAAGAGUACAAACUCCUUGGCAAAAUGGGAAAGUUGUUUAGGAAGAUCGGAGAGGAAAACAAGCCAAUGAAGAGUUUAGAACCAGUUGCAUCUUUAAGUGUGGAAGGUGUCAACCUUGAUACCAAAGUUUUGUGUGUCCCGGGGGCUUCGAAAGGGAUUGAAGACCAAAAUUGCUUGGCAAAGUUGAAAGGACCUAUCUUUGUUAAGCCCGUCCAACAACUUCCGGUAAUUGAUUCAAAGGCUGUCCCUUGGAACUAUAGUAAAAUCACUGUGGUUUACCGAGGAAAGGAGAUUGUUGAAGAGGUUGAUGAAGCAGGAGGGCUGACACGCUCUGGAAGAUGUUAUUCUCCAGAAGAAUUAAGAAAAGGGAAAAUGACUCAAAACAUCCAAGUACCACUGAAGAAAGCAGUUACUGAGGAAGAAGCAGAAGAGUUUCUAAAAAAGAUUAAGGUUCCAGAUUACUCUGUUGUGGAGCAAUUGAAGAAAACCCCGGCACAAAUUUCAUUGUUGUCUCUACUCUUGCACUCAGAAGAACAUCGUCGUGUGUUGAGUAAGGUUUUGAAUGAAGCACAUGUAUCGAAAGAGACCACGGUAAAUCAGUUAGAGAAAAUGAGCAAGCGCAUCUUUGAGUCAAACGCCAUCACUUUCACUGAUGAUGAGUUGCCCACAGAAGGAGCUGGACACAACAGAGUUUUGCUUCUUACAGUGAAAUGUGAAGGGUACUGUGUAAAGAGGGUCAUGAUAGAUGGGGGAUCGGGGGUAGACAUAUGUCCUCUCUCUACGCUGCAAAGCUUGAAAAUUAGUCUUGACAGAAUUCGCCCCAGCAAUGUAUUUGUUCGAGCUUAUGACGGCUCAAGGCGGGAUACCAUUGGUGAAAUAAAGAUAAACAUGACAAUUGGACCGGUGGAUUUUAUGAUUGUGUUCCAAGCCAUGGAUCCACGCGGCUCGGGCAGUCCCAUCAACUCUGCACCAAGUUGUAAGUUUGAACACAACCAUCAGGAAAUCAUUGUGCAUGGGGAAGAUGAUUCACCUAUUUACAGAGAUCCCUCCAUUCCAUACAUUGAGGCAAAAGAGGAUGUGAUUCCGUUGUUUACCAGUCUUUUGAGGCCGUAUCAGUCAAUCGCUUUAGAGAAGGAGACCCCCAUUAUCCAACCAUGUCUCUCUUCUUCCUCUUCAAUGGUAGCAACGACGAUGCUCAAAUAUGGUUAUCAACCUGGUAAAGGUUUGGGACUAUCUUUGCAAGGAAUUGUGGAUCCCAUUACUCUUAUAGGGAACCAAGGCACCUCUGGCCUCGGAUACAAACAAAGCAAGAGAAAUGAAGAUAAGAGUAAGAACCACAAAGGGACUGAUUGGGCGUUGCCACAACCGAUUCCCCAUAUUUAUCAUUCCUUUAUCAAGCCUCAGGGUCCAGAAAUGGACGUUUCUUUUACUCAUGAAGACAUUGAAGAAGUUAUUAAGGAUCUCAGUCAGUUGUUUUGUGAAGUAAACAUGGUCCAAGUUGGUGAAGGUACAAGUCAUGCCGAUGUGCAGCUCGUGGGCUCAGGUUUUGAGCUAAGCAAUUGGGAAGCCACUCCUUUCCCCAUAAGGAAGGAGUCUUGUUCUAUAAAUGCCGACUUUGAUAACAUGACAUGCAUGCGGAAUUCACUCCCAGAUCUCAAAGAGUUGUUUAUUCUUGAAUCCCCGAAUCGAGAGGUUGAAUAUGAUGAAGAAGAGGCUUUUAGGGAAAUUAAUAGGGAAUUGGAACAGUUUGAGCACAAACCUAAGCCUAAUCUUAGUGAAACUGAGGCCAUCAAUUUGGGAAGUAAUGAGGAAGUCAAAGAAAUAAAAAUAAGUCUUCAUGUCAAGAAGGAAAUUAGGGAUGCCAUAAUACAACUUUUGUUUGAAUACAAAGAUGUGUUUGCUUGGUCCUAUGAUGACAUGCCAGGUUUGAGUGUUGAUUUAGUGGUCCAUAAAUUGCCCACUCAUCCUGAUUUUCCACCCGUCCAACAAAAAAGAAGGAAAUUUAAACCGGACGUGAGUGAAAAAAUCAAGGAAGAAAUCAUGAAACAACUGAAUGCGAAUGUGAUCCAAACCAUUCGUUACACUACUUGGUUGGCAAAUAUUGUUCAUGUGCCGAAAAAGGAUGGAAAGACAAGAGUUUGUGUUGACUAUCGGGAUUUGAAUAAAGCUAGUCCAAAAGACAAUUUUCCCUUGCCUAAUAUCCACAUUCUGGUGGAUAAUUGUGCCAGACACGAAAUUCAAUCAUUUGUGGACUGCUAUGCGGGGUAUCAUCAAAUCUUGAUAGACAAAGAUGACGCUGAGAAAACUGCUUUCACCACUCCAUGGGGGACUUAUUGCUACAGAGUCAUGCCAUUUGGUCUUUAA